UACGCUGCGGUCCGAAUCGCGUAGUGUUCCUUUGACACCGCGCUGUUUCGAAUGCGGGAGCGUCGCGACGCUGAGCGUCUAUUAAUUCGUGCUAUCUAUUCAAACUUUAACCUAUAAAAAACUGAAAUCGAGUGUUUGCUCACCUUUUUGUAUACUUCAGAAGAAACUUUUCUUGGCAAACGGAGGAGAACUAAUUGCGGUAUGUGAGCACGACGUGUGGGCGGAACGUUUUAAUCUAAUUCGUGGAACGAAAAUGCCGCGGGGAUUCCUGAGAACAUUUUUGUCGGAGGCGACCGGUUGCACUUGAAAAUUAUACGAGGCAUGAACGGACACUCGGAACCCGAAGGGAAUUUGUCCCUGGACUUUGGCACCACAUCUCGAACAAUUUCCGUUAAUUCCACUCUAGAUAUUCCCCAAGACAAUGGAACUUCCUCCGCUUCUGUCGAUCCUUUCUAUUUCUACGAGACCAUUCAAUUUACGGUGGUAUGGUUACUCUUUACGAUGAUUGUCUUGGGAAAUUCGGCUGUUUUGGUUACGUUACUUGUGGGGAAAAGUAGAAAAUCGAGGAUGAACUUUUUUAUUAAGCACUUAGCUAUAGCAGAUUUGUCGGUCGGUCUAAUCAGUGUCUCAACGGAUAUUGUCUGGAGAAUAACCGUAGCUUGGCACGCGGGGAACGUUCUUUGCAAAUUAAUCAAGUUUUUGCAAGCCGUCGUCACAUAUUCUUCAACGUACGUGCUUGUAGCGUUGUCUAUAGAUCGUUACGAUGCCAUCACGCACCCUAUGAACUUUUCGGGUAGCUGGAAACGUGCACGAGUAUUGGUCGUGAUCGCCUGGAUAUUAAGCUUCGUGUUUUCUACCCCCACGAUAUUUCUGUUUAAAGAAAAAACGGUUGAAGGAUUAUCUCAAUGUUGGCUUGAAAUGGAUAAACAAUGGCAAUGGCAGGUUUACAUGACCCUAGUUUCUCUCGUUCUCUUUGUCAUUCCAGCUCUCAUCAUAGGAGGGUGUUACGCUGUAAUUGUUUGGACGAUAUGGUCCAAAAGUAAAUUACUUAUAACUACUGCUCAUUUACCAAUGAGAAGAAACAGUGACGAUAUUAGAGAUAGACCACCGAGAUAUUCGUACGAAGAGAAUGAUUGUCGAAGAGCUUCUUCUCGAGGGAUUAUACCAAGGGCGAAAAUUAAAUCGGUUAAAAUGACUUUUGUUAUAGUUUUCGUUUUUAUUUUAUGUUGGAGUCCUUAUAUUGUGUUCGAUUUGCUACAAGUUUAUGGAUACAUACCAAAAACGCAGACAUACGCCGCAGUCGCGACGCUAAUCCAAAGUUUGUCUCCUCUCAAUUCAGCAGCUAAUCCCGUAAUUUACUGUUUAUUCUCAACGCAUUUAUGCCGAAAUCUUAGAAAAUUGCCACCUUUCACCUGGGUUUCCGGUUGUCUAUCGGUAUGUUUCCCGGGUAUUCAAGGAACAGGACGUUGUCUCGGAUACGGACACAACGCGGAAUCUUCGGGGACGGUCACCACGUCCCUGACACACUCCUCUAGGAGGUCUACGGCUGCUUCGAUGACCCUUAGACACACCAUAAGACUUCAACCGGCCCUAAAUGGAGCUCAUAAAGUGGCGGUAUCCAUCGUUUAAAAUUUAUUUUCUAGUCACCUACAAAAAUAGAAAUUAAAUUAUUAAUAAUAAAUUUCUUACAUCUUAGAUAUUUUGUAGAAAAGAAAAUUAAAUGUUUAAAAAAAAGGACUUAAUCCACCGCAACAGGGUACAAAAUGUGUCUACAGCAUAAAAAGUAAAACACAUACUAUUAGCGACAAUAAUGCUAAUUAGAAGUAAAAAAAAUCGAUUGCAAAGGCGAAAUCGUCGAUGUGCUGUUUAAAAAGCCCUAAAGCGUAAACGAAAUGUCAGUAUUCCAUGAUCAGUAUGUUCUAUUUCCGGGUUAUAAUUUCUUAAUUAUUUUUGUACCUUAGGCAAUAUUUAAGAAAUCUACUGUUAAUUAAAUAAACUAAGUCGUGUGUGCAAUUGUGAGAAUGAUUACGUCAGAAAAAGGGGAAAAGACGCAUUUAUAUUUAAAUUGUAGAAUAAGAACAAAUUUAAAUAUAACUCUUGUGCGCACUAUGUAAGAUGUGUUAAAUUAUUUAAAACGAAGAAGAAAAAUAGAUGUUUACAGAAAGAGACUGCAAUAUAUUUAACAGUACUGAAAAAUGAUAUAGAUAUAUUAUACGUAAAUAGAUGUCCUUUAUUUACUCUGUUAUGUAUACUUUGUUUAUAAAUAUUUAAUAAAGUAAAUUAAAAAGGAAA